CGACAUUCAUCACACUCUCUCUCUCUCUCUCUCUCUGUCUCUUGCUUGCUUGCUUAGUUUCUUCUCCUUCUUGCUGUGCAAAAAUGGCUCUGAGCAUGGCAACAAAGGAUUCGAGCUGGUGGGUUUUCACUCUGCCGGCAUAUCUAGGCUCAAAAUCUCUGCUUGAUGAAUAUGUGAUCUUCUCUAUACUCUUAGCUUCCCUGUCCCUUGCUCUUCUCACCUGGGCUUUCUCCCCGGGCGGAACCGCCUGGAAAAACGGGAGGAAUAGAAGAGGUGCAGCCGCGAUCCCCGGCCCACGGGGGCUGCCCUUUUUCGGCAGCCUCUUCACCCUCAGCCGUGGCUUGGCUCACCGCACCUUAGCCUCCAUGGCUUACUCUAUGAACGCUAAGCAGCUCAUGGCUUUCAGCCUUGGCUCUACCCCGGUGGUGGUGGCUUCUGACCCUCAAUUGGCUAAGGAAGUCUUAACCUCUCCUCACUUCGCCGACCGGCCUAUUAAGCAGUCUGCUCGCAGCCUAAUGUUCAGCCGCGCCAUAGGGUUUGCCCCCAACGGCACCUACUGGCGCCUCCUCCGCCGCAUCGCCGCUUCCCACCUCUUCGCUCCCCGGCGCAUUGCGGCACAUGAGCCUGGCCGCCAGAAAGACUGCUCCGCCAUGUUGAGAAACAUAGCCUAUGAACAGUCCGUCAAGGGGGCCGUUUCUUUGAGGAAGCAUUUGCAAGCAGCGGCAUUGAAUAACAUAAUGGGCAGCGUUUUCGGCAGGCGUUAUGAUACGGCGGAGGACAGCGAGGAGCUGAGAGAGCUUAAAGAAAUGGUGAGGGAAGGGUUUGAACUGUUGGGUGCUUUCAACUGGUCGGAUUAUUUGCCGUGGCUUUCGUAUUUUUACGACCCUUUUGGUGUUGUUGCUCGGUGCGAAGCCCUCGUUCCCCGCGUGAGGAAACUCGUUAAGGGCAUCAUCGAACUACACAGGGCCAAGAAUCAGUCCGAGAAUGUCUCAGAUACUUCUGAUUUUGUUGAUAUUUUGCUUUCAUUGGACGGUGAUGAGAUGCUCGAUGAAGAGGACAUGAUCGCAGUUUUAUGGGAAAUGAUAUUCAGAGGAACAGACACGACGGCGCUGUUGACGGAGUGGGUAAUGGCGGAGCUAAUUUUACACCCUGAAGUACAAGCGAAACUGCGGGAGGAACUCGAUGGUGCGGCCGCCUUAACAGACGCCGACUUGGCGGCCGCCCGACCGUAUCUUCAGGCUGUGGUGAAGGAGACAUUAAGGGUGCACCCGCCAGGGCCGUUGCUCUCGUGGGCCCGCCUCUCCACGUCCGACGUCAAGCUCAGUAACGGGAUGGUGGUCCCCGCCGCCACCACCGCCAUGGUCAACAUGUGGGCCAUCACCCACGACUCCGCCGUAUGGGAGGAUCCACUGGAGUUUAAGCCCGAAAGGUUCGUGGCUGCAAUGGGGGGCACCGACGUGGACGUCCGCGGCGGCGAUCUGAGGCUGGCACCAUUCGGGGCCGGGCGGAGGGUGUGCCCGGGGAAGAACUUAGGUAUGGCGACGGUGGCCCUUUGGGUGGCAAAGCUGGUAAGGGGGUUCAAGUGGGCGGAGGACAAGGCGGCGCCGGUGGAGUUGAGGGAGGUGUUGAAGCUGUCUUGCGAGAUGAAGCAACCGCUGUCUGCUGUAGUUGAGGAAAGGAAUGUUCCAAUCUAAUUAAGACCGUGUUUGUUUGUUUGUUUUUUGAUGUUUCCUAGAAUAUAUAUUUAUGUUGGUGGUGAGAUGAGUUUGGUGGGGAGAUUUCGUGGGGAAGGGCAUGUCUAGUGGUAAUUUUAGGUAUAAAUAUGAGUGAGUAUAUUUUGGUAGGAAGUGUGUUGGCUCCCAAUUUUGAUCUGGUUUUCCUUCUAUGGAGCCAUGCUACUAGUUCAACAUUUCUAUUAAUAAUAUAUAUAUAU